ACAAACACACAGCUGCUCGGAACCAUGACAGAAGAUGACGGAUACAGUUGUCGUGGAGGGACAAGUCAAGUUUAGAGAUGGCAAAAAGUGGAAGACGAGGUGGUUGGUGCUUCGAAAACCCUCUCCGGUCGCAGACUGUCUGUCUCUCCUGGUGUAUAAGGAGAGGAAGAAGGAAAAGGAGAAAGGGCGUAGCCACAAGGAGAAGCUCAGUAUAACAUUAGAGGGGAUCUGUGGUGUGGAGCCAGGGCCAGGAUAUGAUGGGGUGGCUUACACCCUCUCCAUUCUCUGCCUUGGAAACACUGUGACCCUGGGCUUCAGAAGCCGAGAGGCCCUGUUGGCAUGGGAUGCUCGCCUCAGGUACAGCCUUGGAGAAGUCCACAGGUUCAACGUCAACGUUCAACCAGGUACCAAGCUGGAGAGCGGACCAGCCGCCCUCCACCUGUGCAACAACCUGCUGGUCCUCACCAGGGACCAUCCCCCGGCUGUCUGCGGCCACUGGAGGUUGCCUGAGCUACGUCGCUACGGUGCCGUGCCCAAUGGCUUUGUGUUCGAGGGAGGAACUCGAUGUGGAUACUGGGCUGGUGUGUUCUUCUUGUCCUGUCCAGAGGGGGAGCAGAUCAGUUUCCUAUUUGACUGCAUUGUCAGAGGUAUCUCCCCAAGCAGGGCUCCUCAUGGCCUCAGACCAGCUCUACCAGGGCCUGGUGUUAGCCCAUCCCAGUCAGAGGAGCAGAUCAACCUGGAGGCGUCAGAGCUGGAGAAAAGGCUCAGUAUGCUGUCUCAGUGCACCAGUUCAAGUGGCACAGCUUCCACCUACAGCUACAGCACUGCCAUUGCUGUAGAUGACCACAGCAGCAUCUCCAGUUCCUCCUCCAGCCAAUCAGAUGCGAGCUAUGGAAGCAGACUGCCAGCAUGGGUGGAGCCAACAACCAAACCACACCUCCCCACUGACACGCCUUCAAGCUCCUCCACACUAAAGGGCCUGACCAGUUCAGAUGACCGGCUUUAUGCCGCUGUCAUGGCAGCCUCCAUGACUCCUCCACCCUCCAAGCAGCUUCAUCCUCGCAGCCUCCAUGACAGCGGGCGGCAGAGUUCAUUAGACAGUGGGAUUGGGAUGGUGGCAGGCAGCCAGUCCUCUUACUCUGGCAGUUUCUCCUCCUAUACAGGCAGUCUGGACACCACCAGUCAGGGUGGAGGGGAGGAGUUUGGGUCCUUGGUCAGUUUACCAGCUAUUCCUCCUCCUCCUCCUCCUGCUCCUCUCCUGCCUCCUUUAUCUAUAGUUGAGCAAAAUUCUGCUGGUUCUCCUCCCUGCUCUUGUCCCUCUAGAUCUGACUGUAGUGCCUCUAGUGCCGCCCAUAGGCAAAAUGAGGAACAGCAUUUCCCCAGCCUGCUCACACAACACUAUGACACCCCAAGAAGCCUUCUGCAGAGCCUGUCCCUGAAGGACCACCCAACCCCGGGAGGGUCACUUGAAUUGGGCAAGGUCAGAGGGAAUGAAGGGGCUACUGAUCAGGGCAAAGGGCUGCACGGCAGCACCACAGAACCCUCUUCUCAGCAGGUAGCGGCUCAAUGCCAUGCUAAUGUGCAACACUCCCUCUCGUGGGGCAGUGAGACGGCACCCUCUGUGGACAGUGUUGGGAGGUGCACACCCAGGCCAACACUGUCAGCAGGCUGCCCCAUUGGUGCAAGUACACAGUGCAGUCAUGCUUUCAACAACUACAUCACACCAGAGCAGUGGCGCUCUGCACAGAGCAGAGACUCGACAAAGUUUUCCAGCUCUCCUCCAUCCGGGCUGCAACCUGCAGGUCCACCAGGUGUGUACUACACACCAGUCGUGGUACGGGAGGAGGGAGAUGACAGUAACGGUAGGGGUGCUGGCAGUGACAUGGCAGGUCUACUGAGUCCCGAGUGUCCUCCGCCCUCCUCUGCCCCCGCAUCGCCACACAGCGCUCUGUGUUUGCACAGGCCGAUGUCGCUCACUGACUCCGGUUCGGCUGGUGAACAGAUGGAUUCGCCCAAGAGAGAUGGCCACAGGCAGGACGGACAGAGUCUGAUGCUUCAGAUUUCACGUGAAGCGCCAUCAUUUCUGCGCUCAGACACGAGGCCCCGGAGCGACGCCACCGUUAACUACGUCAACAUCCCCAUCAGCCCUGUGGUGCCUAGAGCCCAGGGCGAGCUUCUCUACAUGGAGCUCGACCUGCACAAGCCCAGACCCUCCUCAGCUUCCAGCCUGCCCACUGCUCCGAGAGAGGGCUCCACCAGGUAUGCCCACCUGGACAUCACUGCCAUGGAAACCGCUCAGAGGGUGGGAGCAGAACACGCCCACGGCAGGGAGGAGAGACUGAUCCAGUUGGAGAGCAGCAGGAGAAGAGCCAACUGACCUCCUCCGGCCCA